AGAUCACGAUCAAGUUAUGGUGGUGAUUGGCAGACGCAAAUAACCCAUCAUGAGGUGUGUUGCCACAAUGGCAACCAAAUUUACACAAUCCUCAAGUGAGUAAAACUUGCACAAUUGAAUCAGUGAAGGGUUCAAGCUGCUCAAAUAUGGCUCUGAAUUGCCUGCCAGAGCAAAUGAUACCACAUUAAGCAAAUAAUAAGCAAAGUGCAAUGGUCAGACAGAGACAAACUUUCGGUUAGACUACUGCACAUCUUCGCAAACCUAACAAAACACAAGUACGGCUGAUGGAAUAGCACAAUCAAAACUCACCUAGAGAUACGUCAGAACUUAGAUAUAUUGGGUAUAAAUCUUGCCCCCGCUCUCCCUCAGGACAAUCAUUCUCUUUACUCCAUCAUGCACAUUACUCAACUACUUCUCAUCUCUCCAUCAUCAUCAUCAUCAUGACUUUUACAAACCGCGGUCUCUUGGGUGGCCUCUUUGGAUGUAUUAUUUAUUUGGCACUUAUCCCCUAUAGGAUAGUGGUCGGUAUGGUUUUGAGGAGCAUUAUUUCACUCGUUAUUACGGUUAUUAUUGGUGCAUUGGUAUUCACAUCUCCAUCUCCAUCUGUUUUAGUCUCAGAACUGGCGGCCGCCGUUUCCGACAUACUAGAGGAAGAAGCAGAGGAAGAGGGAGAGGUGGAGGGAGAGGGAGAGGUGAAGGAAAUAGAGUCAUCCUUCCCAGAAUCGAUGCCACAUUCCCCCGUUUCACCUUCCUUCACGGGAUAACCAUUGUCAACUUCCAAUCUGAGCAGCUCUACGGUGAAGCUGAGAACUAGUCAUAACUGGCAAUUUCGGACGCACUCGCCUUACAAUCCAACUUGACCGGUUCUGCCCCAAGUUCUGCGUUAAGAUCGUUGGCACAGGAGCGCUGUGGGAUGAAGGGAAAACUUUGCGACCUUACAGACCUCGGCCCACUGGAGCUGCUGGUUAAUAUGCAACAAGUAACAGAAAGCGUUCAAAUCCUUUCUCAUCUGUAACAAGUCGCGACUGAGAUUCUAUUAAGGCCGACGCGCCAUAACACAGUUUUAAUAUUCUCAAGACAUAAUAAUCAUACUUAUAUAUAUCCAACUUCAAUGUUCUUUUCAACUUGCUAAGCGAUGCUACAACCAGUUAGUGUUUGGUUUUCACUAUUGGACAGAUCUGUACUCGAUCACCUCAACGCCGCGCCAUUCCAAUGUCGCCCACUACGUCCGGUUCCGAGCACAGCCCCAGUUUCUCGAAUCAACAUGGCGUGCGCCGUCAUUGCGCAGAGAUUGGACCAUUUCCCA